GUAGCUGCAGCUAGAGGGGAGAGGCAGUGAGGGAGGAAGAGUUUCGAAGACACUGCAGAGGGAAGUGCAGCUAUGGGGAACGCACAGGACAAACCUCCGGGCGCCGGAGGAGGGGGCGGGAGAUCGGAUCAGGCCACAGCCGGGAGUGGGGCGAGAGGCCGGGCUGGAGGCAGCGCGGAAAAGGCCCAGACGCACAAAGCUUCAGAGAAGAGGGUGGCCAAUGGCAGGGAAAACAGCCCUGCGGGUGGACCAGGGCAGCAAGGCAGCCCUGCAGUGGACACAAGUUACCUGGACGUCCCUUCUGGGGCCCUUCCUCCUCACCUGGCCCGGCUCAAGAAUGAAGGGAACCACCUCUUCAAACAUGGGCAGUUUGGGGACGCCGUGGAGAAGUACACGCACGCCAUUGAUGGGUGUGCUGAAGCAGGCAUUGAUAGUCCAGAAGACCUGUGUAUUCUCUACUCCAACAGAGCAGCCUGUUACCUGAAGGAUGGAAACAGCACAGACUGCAUACAGGACUGUACCAAGGCUUUGGAGCUGCAGCCCUACUCCUUGAAGGCCCUGCUGCGCAGAGCUAUAGCCUAUGAGUCACUGGAGCGCUACAAGAAGGCCUAUGUGGAUUAUAAGACUGUCCUGCAGAUAGACACCGGGGUGCAGGCGGCUCACGACAGCGUCCACAGGAUCACCAAGAUGCUUAUUGAACAGGACGGACCUGGGUGGAGAGAGAAUCUUCCGGAUAUUCCCGUCGUCCCUCUGUCUGUGCAGCAGCAUCACAGAGAGAAACCGAUCAGCGUCGAAGUGGCUCAAGCUCGAGCCGCCAGGGCUGCACAGGAGGAAGUCAGAAAAAAAGAGGCCUGCUUUACUUUACUGAAACGGGAAGGAAAUGAUCUGGUCAAGAAAGGCCACUUCCAGGAGGCUCUGCAGAAGUACAAUGAAUGUCUCAGCCUAAAGUCUGACGAAUGUGCUCUCUACACAAACAGAGCCAUUUGCUUCCUGAAACUGAAUCACUUUGAAGAGGCCAAACGGGACUGUGACUCCGCACUGCAGCUGGAGCCAAGCAACAAGAAAGCCUUCUACAGACGAGCCCUGGCUUAUAAGGGUUUACAGGACUACCUGUCGGCCAGCAGUGACCUGCAGGAAGUCCUCCAGCUGGACCCGAAUGUUCGGGAGGCCGAGCAGGAGCUUGAGGUGGUGACAGGUUUGCUGAGACAGAGUCUGAUGGACAGCAGUGCACACACACCGAGGGUUUGAUGUUUGUUUGUGGAGCAAUAUGGAGGCAGUGGAAUGAAGGUGUGGACUAUAUACUGUACUGUAGCGGUAAUGGGGGAAAGGACUUUUAAAGCCAUCAACUGUAGUAAGUAAGACUUGUAAAAAAAAAAAAAAAAAACAUGGAAAUGACUGGCGUUAACUCCUGGGACGGGCUCCUCGGAUGACCAGCUCUCUUUCAGCUCUGCACCAUCCGCAACUCCUGAGUACACAACCUUACAUAAUGGGCAGCUUUAUUUAAAAAAGGCUAAUGUCAAGGUACUCGUGACCUGCUUGCACUAUAAAUAAUUCACAUUAUGAUGUAAUGCACUGUAUAUACAGAUCAGUGUAACAGGCUGCAGAGCGCUGUUAUAUGGCGGAGUAAAGCGGGGGGAAGUAGGAGUGUAUUAUGUGUGCCUUAAUGAGAUUUCUACCACAGUUAGGAUGAAUUACGCCAAGAUUUAAAUGUUUUACUUUGUUUUAAAGAGGUUGUGUUUGGUUCCAAUACGGUUCAGAGCUCAUGACAAAAGACACUGAUUCAACUCAAUUGUAGUGUAUGUAAAGAUAAGGGAUUUCAAAAAAAGGUCCAAAGUCUGGUACUAUCUUUAUGUAUCCAGAGUGUCAUCUGUUCCAGCUAUUUGUCAUUGUUUACAUGUAUUAUCACUACAGCUGCUACUUAUCAAACAAAAGACAACAACUUAUUGUAAAGAAAUUCUAAAGCUAAAGACCCUUUAAAGUGAGGUGUUAUGAUUUAACUUUAAUUUAAAAUGUUAUAAUAGUGAUUUACCACAGUUAAAUAUCCCCCAAAUAUCCUGAGCUCAGUGUUUAAAUCAUUCUUAAUUAUAAAUUGUCACUUCAUUAGUUGUUGAAGUUAGUGUUACAGGUUACUUUAUCAUGUACUGUAAGACUUAUCGUAGGUCUCAGGUUCUAUCUUGAAUGUAACCAAGAUGAAUGUGUGUGUAUGUGUGAGUAGGUGUACCGUAUUUACGUUUUAGAAAGUCUCAUAUCAGUUUUAUUAAUGCAUCCUUGGUGACUUUUUUUUUUUCUUCAUAACUGGAAACCUGUCCAACUACAACAGGGAAUCAGGCAAGGAUGUCUGUUUUCACUCUUUUUUUAAUUUGCUCUGUUCACAGAAUCCCCUCAUUCAACAAAUAGGCUAUGCUCUCUAUUAAACAUAGUCAGAACAGAUCUUCAGUCCAGCCUGAUGAACUAAUACAGCUCGGUGUCUGAUAGUCAAUUAAUAUAACACAAUAAUAGCAGUCAUGAACUCUUUGAUGGUUUGAAGUGUAUAUUCAGACUUUUGAUCCCACAUUUUAAAGCCCCUGAUCAACAGCGACAUGUUUGAAUUUCACUCCUAUUAUUUAAGAGGGACAAAUUAGACCUUUGUCACUCUUAGUUAGUAGACCUCAGUCAAAAGGAGCAAAGGUCUAAUUAACCAAAUCACUAAAAUAGGUGUGAAGGGCCUUUCAAAUCUUUUUCUUUUGAAUCCCCCAUAGCACACACAAAUGUAAAUCUCCGUAUAGCACAAUGUGCCACAACCUUUACUUCACUUUGAGGUACACUUUGAGGUAUUAAUGUAUAAUACACAUUGUCCAAUCUUAUUUUACCUUUUUUUUUUUCGCUUGUACUGUCUAAAUAAAAGCAUAACUAAAUGAAAACACUUGACAUGAGGCUUGAAGUGUUGCUUCGUGGAAUGUAAAGAGCAUGUACUGUAUGUAAAUAGUUUGAAUGCAAAUGUAAAUAAUAAACAGGUAUGUGGAUGCUUUGA